AUGAUGGCUGAGAAAUGUAUGGGGAGCCCCACAAGGGAACAACAGGCACUUCUCGUUGUGGUUUAUCUUAACGCCAGUACAUAUCCCACAAUGGGAAAUGACUCUCAACCAUUUCUUUUAGCACUAAAGGAGGAUUUAUAUGAUAUUAUAUUUGUCGAGUUUAACCACUCCAGAGUGGAAUUAACAGCAUGGGGAGAAACACAAAACGAUAAUAGUGAUAGUGCUAUUGAUAGUUUGCCGGUAUGUAGUAUUUACUGUCUAGGGCAUAAUAAUAAUAAUAAUAAUAAUAAUAAUAAUAAUAAUAAUAACCCUCUCAAUGAUGGAUUUACACAAUCACUACCAUUCGUGGGAAGGAAAGAUCAUGAUGGGGAUGGGAACUGUACCUCUCUACUUCUCUGUAAAUGGAGAAUUGAUAAAUCACUUUUAACGCAUGAAGGUUUCCACUCAAAAUGUCGAGAACGUGUUCGGACCAUUUACGCAUUUAAUUCAAUGGGAUAUGAUCUCAUGGAAGCUAACAAGUAUAAUGAGAAGAAUACAGAAAAGAAGAAGGAGAAGAAAAAAAAUUUCUUCUCACGAUCUUCUCUUGAGUAUCGUAAAUUAACAGGGGAUACACGAGACCUUGUGGGUGUUGGUGGGGAUUGUCAUGAUUUGAGUUUAUUAGAUGAAUCCUCUGCGGCUUCCACAUGCGGUAAAAUCUCUUGUUUGGGUGUGGCGAUGAUUGUGAUGACGGGUCUUGUGGUGCUGGUACUUUUACUUGUAAUGCUGUUUUGUUAUUGGAGGAAACUCUGCGGCUGUUUGUUUGCCAGUUUCUUCUCAGAUGAGAAGAGCAAUCAGGAUGAGAAUGAUACCAGUCCAUCCGCCCCACUUAUUCCUCACGCAUUCUCUCCAGAUAGAGAAGAAGAAGAAGAAGAAGAAAGAGAAAAGAUAGAAGAAUAUGAAGAUAAGAAAAGAUCAUCUAAUGGCAAGGGUAUAGAUUCUUUAAGUGUUCAACGAUCAUUACAAAGGAUAUUAUACGAUAGAUCUGAGAAGAGAGAUAGUUUAAAGAUGAAGGUGCCAAGUACAGGGAAAGUGAAUUUGUUAAACAUGGAUGCCUAUGUGAACAGUACAUCUCAUUAUGGAGUUUCACCGUAUAAUGCUCUUGAUAGAUGUGCACAACCGUCAACCUGUACAGUCUCACGUGGACGAGUCACUGCAGAGUCUCUUUCUUCUGCAGUCACGUACGGUAGCACCAGUAGUAACAGUAAUAACAGUUACACUAGUAAUAGUAAUAACAGUAACAAUAAUAAUAAUAAUAAUAUCAACAAGAGUAAUAAUAGUAGUCGUAAUAGUAAUCAUCAUUAUAAUAAUAAUAACAGCAACAACAGUAAUAACAGCAGCAACAGCAGCAAUAGUAGUAAAUCCUCGCCUGUCCAUCAACUCGAACAGUUAUCGUCCCUCCUGCGGGGAGUCGACAUCUCAAGAGAAGAACGGGAACAACUGCAGCGUCAGCGUUCGUGGCUGAUGGAACACGUUGCAGGCCUCGACUCGCUGUAG